UUCGGAUAAAUUAACUUACAAAUAAUCGAUUUUUUAACAAUAUUAAUAUUUGUAUAUUGUUAUUUAUAUAUUAUGGCUUGUAAACAAUCAUAUAAUUUGUAGUCAAUAAAUAACAUAAUAUAAAUUUAAUAAAUUAUUAUCUUUGAAAUGAACCAAAAACUUGUAAUAGAUAUCGACCGUAAAUUAGAUGAGAGAAGAAAUACGAAAAAAAUGUAUAGUUGGGAUUUGAUUCGUGUCGAUGAUGCAUGUAAAGUGCUUGUAUUAGACCCUUAUAUCGGAUUUAAAACUAGGAAAAUUGAUAAAAAUUGUGAGCUUCCUGUGAAAAUUCAGAAAAAAUUAGAACAUUUAUUGCAUCAACAUUUACCAGUGAAUGAAAAAAAUUACCAUAUCUUAAAAAAAAACCUAAUAGAAGAGAUUGUAAAAAGACAUAUGCUUUAUAUGGAAUGGAAUAUCCAGUAUUUAUCUUGGUUAGAGUGGGCAUUAGAAUCAUAUAUUAAAAUUAUUAGUAAAAAUUCUGUGAUUGAAAUUAAAGAAUGUAAUCGCUAUAAAGGUGACUGCUAUAAAGGACUCAUGAUUGUUGCAAAAAUGAACAUAGAUAAAGGUAUUAAAUUGGAUCUGCUCAUCGGUUUGUAUAAAAUCAUCAACAAUAAAACAAAAAUACAUUUAGAGGCACAAAAUCUAGACUCCUCUCUCAUGAGAAGUAGUAAAUCAAAUAAGGAUAUGAUUAUGUUAGGCCCUGCAGCCUUGGUAAAUCAUGACUGCAACCCAAAUUGUCAAUAUGAUUCACAGACCAAAAUAUCUAUAAAAAUAAAAACAAUAAAAAAAAUUGAAGCUGGAGAAGAACUAUUGUGUUUUUAUGGAAUGAAUUAUUUUGGUGAUAAUAAUAAUGAAUGUGCUUGUAAAACUUGUGAAGAAAAAAAUGAAGGUAUUUUUAAGGAAAUCAAAAACAAUACAGCAUUUUCACAACUGUAUGACAUCACUAAUACAAGAGAAUCUGAUGCCAACUGUGUUACUCUGUGCAAUUUCAAUAGUUAUAUUGAGAUUUCAACUAAUAAUUUGCUUGAAAUUACCCCAAUAUUGAGGAAAAUAUUUAUUCAGAAUAUAAUGGAAAUUCUUUAUAAUGAUAUAUAUGUACUUCUAAUUGCCAACCAAUCUUGGGAAUUUCAAAUUAUUUUCCUAAAUAAAUUUGAUAAUUUUAUCUAUAUCCAAAUAGUAUUAAAUAUUUUUGAAUUAAUACAGUAUUAUAGUAUUCUACACAGAUAUUGACAUUAUAGUUUGAAUAACUAUAAAAGUAGCAUAGGUGAAGUUAAAGCUAUUUCAACUAGCUUGAUAUUAGAUAGUGGUGAUUGUUCUUCAAAAAUACUUGUCAUGCAAUGGUGUGAUAAAUGUCGCAAAGGAAUUAUUGAUAACAUAAAUUACAAACAGUGGCAUAACCCUUGCUGUACUGGUAUGAUUCACAUACAAGAUGUGAAUAUACCUAGAGUGCUUCUUAACCGUCCAGAAACUGUUCCAAAACUGAAAAGACCUUUUUGUUUAUAUUGUGCUUCUUUUGUACAUCAAUUUCCUAGGCAUUUAAAGAAUAAUCACUCUACUGAAACUGAUGUUAAAAAAAUGUUGAAUAGUAAAAAUGAUGUUGAACGUAGAAAUGUUUUAUCGUCAAUAAGAAACAGAGGAUAUGGUGUGUAUUUUAAAUUAACUGGAAUAAUUGUCUCAUCAAGAUCAUUUCAAGAUAAUUCAAUAAAUUUUAAGAAACAGUGUAAAAAGUGUGAUAGUUUUUUUUCUGUAAAGACGUUCUGGCACCAUAAAUGUCCA